GUAAAGAUGAAUGAAAAACUAGUUGCGUCCUUUCUUCUUGAUAGACGAUCUGUUAAUGCGCACAUUAUAAUAGUCGCGUCGUCGGUCGAAGCUGUGCUCAAUUUAUGAUUAUCCGACAAUUUUUUAACGACCAAUAGAGGGACUUAGCACCUGUGAAGUAAGAGCGCAGGUAGUGAAAUUGAAAAAGUGAACUUUUUGCGGCAACGCAACUGACAACCGAAGGCGCGUCACCGGCUUCAGGCCGUCUCUUGGAAAUUUGUCAUGGCCGCUACCAGUGUUGUGGUUCUUGACAGAGGAAAUAAUACGACCUGCACAAUUAAUUUACACGGCGCUACUGUUGUGUCUUGGAGGGUUAACAAUCAAGAACAGCUGUUUGUGAGUAAGCAAGCAGUUUUUGACGGAAAGAAGGCCAUUCGUGGAGGAAUUCCUUUUGUAUUUCCUCAAUUCGGACCUUGGACUUUUGGUCCCCAGCACGGUUUUGCUCGAAUAGUGCGAUGGAGUUUAGAAAAAGCACCCGAAAGGCUCGCAAGCGGCGACGUCGAGGCUAUCUUUUCAAUUAUGGACAACGAUUUCACACGUUCAAUGUGGAAUUAUCCUUUCAGGUUAACCUAUCGCCUUAUCUUGAGAGAGAAAGAGCUACACUUUAACAUAGCAGUUUAUAAUCCGAAUAAGGAUCUGACGUUCAGCUUCAACAUGUUACUGCAUACGUAUUUUAAAGUUCCUGACGUUCGAAGGUGCCAAAUAACUGGUUUACAUGGCUGUACUUUCAUAGAUAAAACGCGCGAGAACACUGUGUACCAAGAGGGACGCGAUGUGGUUACAAUCGGCGAGUGGACCGAUCGUAUCUAUCAAAAUACGCCCCAAGAACAUAUUAUAACUAAUGUCGUGUCGGGUAGAAAGAUGCGCAUACAGAAGUAUAACUUUCCGGACACCGUGGUCUGGAAUCCUUGGGUGGAUCAUGCCAAAGAUAUGGCCGAUUUCGGUGACGACGAGUAUCCGAAUAUGGUAUGCGUCGAAGCCGGGCACGUUUCCAGUCCUGUGAUUCUUCUGCCAGGUACCGCAUUUGAGGCGAGCCAAAUUUUACAAGUGAUGUAAGCAUUUAGUUCCGGUGUUAAAUUUUCAAUACAACGUGUGUUCAUUUGCGUGCAGUCAUCCUUGUUACAUCUUCGUACCAAAUUUUUUAGUAUUAUUUAACCUUGUAAAUUUUGUAGUUUAGGUAUUGUACGGGGAUGAAAUCGUAGGUUGCAUUGUUACCGCGGUUGUAAAAUGAAAGCAAUAGUUAAGAUAAAUAAGCUCUUACCUUCAUUACGUAGAAUUUGGUAUGGAUGUCGGUGUUUUUGUAUAGUACUGCUACUAUAGGUAGGUCAAAAUUAGCCUUAUGUUGUAUACGACUUGUGUUACGAAUGGUACUAUUAAAUUCUUUGUGCAAUAGGAUAACAACAAUUUUGUUUUGUUGGGAUACAAUUUUAGUAAUAACAGUGUAUUGCCAAAGCGUUUUAUACAGAGUAAUUCAUUAACAAGGUCUUUUUUUACCAUAAACUAGGUAUGGUCCCAGGAUCUGGAAAUAAAAACUGGAUGUGUACCAAAAUGUCCACUUGCUAACUUUUAUUAUUUAAUAAAUUACAUACUCCCCAAAUUUAUUGUCCCGAAAAGUAGAUAUAAUAGUAAGUGGAUAUUUGGGUACAUAAGAAAGUAAAGCGGCAUACCCUAAACAGGUUAUGUUCGGAAAUGCUCUGUAAUGUAAAAAUUCUAAAUCUGUAAAUGAAAGAGUUGUGAUUACAUUUCAAAUUAUUCCAUUUCGAAACAUUCCGCCCAUAAGUAGUCUUCCAUUUCUAGCCACUUGAUAAGCAGAUAAGAGGAUAAUCGACUUCUCGCAAUACGCCAAACUUUGGCAAUAAACGUACUUCUUGAAUUGCUUGUGAUUGUAGUAUUAGCUUUAAGUUUUAUACCUCAAAAAAGUGCGGAAUGAUUGAAAAGUUGUUUCGAUUUUCAAGUACGCGAUUAUAGUGGAACUCAAAAUUUGCCAAACCGAACUCUAUAUUACAAUACUGUAAAUUAGUGAUUAGCAAUAAUUUAAAAAUCCAUACUUGUGGUUUGAUUGUACAAAUCUUUUAACUUGUUUGUAGGUGCACUGUAUAUAUUAAGUGUGUUUGACAACGAAAAUUAGGCUGCUUUUAAUAUAAUAAAUAGAUUAAAUAAAUUAAUAUUUUUAUGUU